CCAAAUUUCAACUCCCCCAAAAUAUUCCCAAUUGCCAUCGUUAUUAUUCUUAAUUAUCCCUUCUUUUUCCCCAAAAAGUAAAAAACAAACCCUAAUUUUGAUUCAUUUUACAUUCGCAAUCACAAGAAAUCAACAUCUCCGAUCAAUGGAAUCAUUAGAGGAAGGAUCGUGUUGGGAUUUUCUUGAUUAUGAUUUCAUCGAAGAAACCACCACCACUACUACUUCUCACGAUUUCUUAUGGUCUAAUAAUAAUAAUAAUAAUAAUAAUCAGAGUGAUGGAGGUAUUGCCGAUAUUGAUUUUUCAUCUAGCGGCGGUGCUGUAUCAGAAGCAAAACAAUGCGUGCGGAAAAGGAAACACAGUGGUGAUUCUUGUAGCAAGCCCGUGACUAAAGCUUGCCGCGAGAAGUUAAGGAGGGAGAGGUUAAAUGACAGGUUUCAGGAUUUGAGUUCUGUUUUGGAACCUGACAGACCUGCUAGAAUUGACAAACCAGCUCUACUUGAUGAGGCUAUUAAAGUUCUGAAUCAGUUGAAAACUGAAGCUCAAGAGCUCAAAGAAAGUAAUGAAAAGUUGGUGGAAGAGAUUAAAAGUUUGAAGGCUGAGAAGAAUGAACUUCGCGAAGAGAAACUCACACUCAAGGCGGAUAAAGAAAAGAUGGAGCAACAAUUAAAAGUUAUGGCCGUUCCAUCACCUGGAUUCAUGCCAACCCAUCCAGCAGCCUAUCAUGCUGCAAUGAAUAAGAUGGCUGUUUACUCUGGCUACGGUCUGAUACCAAUGUGGCAAUUACCGCCUGCUGCACGUGAUACAUCUAAAGAUCAUGAGUACUGGCCUCCUGCUGCAUAAUUGUUGUUUUUCUUUUUUCAAUAGUAAAGGUUAUCUAAAUUAGAGAUGCUUUUUCUAGAUUAUUCAACAAUUUUUGUUUCAAAUGUAAAUACAAAUGGUUUCACCCUGUCUGAUUUCGACAUUUGAAUAUGGCUAAUGUGCUGUUGGCUAUUGAAGAAAUGAAUUAGUUGGCUAUUAUUUUCUCAA